AAAAGUCCCCUGAAGUGCUUUAUGGCAGUCAUUCUUCAGGAAUUAUUUGUUACAGUUGGACAGUUGGAGAAAAUGGGAGAGAGCUCAAAUGAACCGUUUUACGUACAAAGUUGGCAUCAUUAUCUUGAAAAAAAUCGUCGUCUUGCCUAUUUCUUAGAUUCGUUGGAGGGAAAAUAUGCUGUCCCAACGAAAGAAGAACGUGAAGCUUUUGUCGCCACAGUUCCAGUUUACGGAGAGAGGCUUCAUACUUUACAAAAGGUGAAGAGAACUGGAGAACUGUCAGCUGUUGCUGGAUUUGCCUUAGGAACUUACUACAGCGUGAAGUUUUCGAAGAGCCCGUUGACCUCGUUGAUCGUUUGUAUAUCUUCUGCGACAGGACUUUAUUUUUUAGGUGGGACUGCUGCAGAAGUAGCUUUUGGUUGUUAUAAGUUCGAUAGAGUAGAAACAUAUCUUCAGUUUCAAAAGUUUAUAAGGGAAAGGCGUUCAGCAGCAAAUUAGAAGUUACUAUAAAACCUAUUUUAGAUUGUUUCGGCCUUAAC